CACCUUUAUUUAAAUAUUCUUUAGCACGGUGAACCCACCACUAAUUUCACACAUGGAGCAAAAACAUGUUGGCGAUUGAAUAUCAGGAACACAGGAUGACACACAGUUCUAGGAAUACAGUAAAGAUAAGGGAUAACGAAGGGGAAAGUACUCUCAGAUUUCAAAAAAACAUGGAUUAAUUCCAUCAUACAUCCUGGAAUAAAACAAAGUGCCUACUAUGAGUCUACAGGGUCUUCAUCUCUUUAAUGCUUGUCACUUAUUGCUCCUUCAGCCAUAUGAUAGCUUUGUGACACAGUAGUUUGACAUUAAAGCACACUUAAAACUCUGACACUAGAAUCGCCCCUGCGCACAAGUAUAAAUGUCUAACACAGUCCCAGUCAUACAAAGAUCUGUAUCUGCAAACCUCCUCAGUUAACCUCACCAACUCCCUGUUGAUCCAAAAAAAUCAAUUCAAAAAUCACGAGAUGAAGAAGCAGCCAAAAAUACUAAAGCGUAAACAUGCUAAUACCAAGUGGACCAAUCUUGUGCUCUGCCUCACCGCAUCUGUAGUUACUAGUGAAAUCGAUACUAAAACAUCGAUACUUCUGAUACCAGGUCUUUAUGUUCUAAAAUUAACUGUCAAAUCAAAAUAUCGAUACUUUCAGUGUUUGUUGUGGAAACACAACAAACACCUCAGGUUAAACCGCAACACAGAAUACGGGACAUGACAUGAUUAAUCCCGAUAAAAAUAUAAUUUAUCUUGAAUCUAUAGUAAUAGCGUGCCCUGCAAACUGAGUAUUUUCACGUAUCAUCAUUAAAAUGUUUCACACGAUUGCACAGAUUCAUACAAUAUAAAUACUGAAGCUGUAUGAUGUAUAUUUUCUAUUUUGGUACAAAUUAAAUGACUAGCAAUUGUUAGAAAAUGGGUACAAAAUGAGAAAUUAAGGAUUUUAUUGUCAACUACUGCUACUAAAAAAGAUCAACUGUGUGGUUACAAUGCUAGUCAAUGGGUUAAGAUGCAGGUUUUCAUUUUACACCUAGGUCUUAAUAGUUAAACAGUAAUUCAGUUUAUUUCUUUUUUGAGUGUUUGAAACAGCAUUUUCACAUAUUUUGUAUUUUCUGUUUUUCUGUUGUUGUGUUAGCUCAGCUAUACAGUGAAUUGAGGUCGCUACCUCAAUAAUAUCGAGAGUUUAAAAUAAAUGAAUUACUCUAAUAUUCUUUAUGAAGCUUUGAUUUGAAUACAUUAGUCAGUGUCAGAUCGGAAAGGAAAUCGGUGGAAUCACCAAUAGUGGUUAAAUUUCUGAGGAGGCGCAUGUCAGCUACGCAAAGAGUACCGCGCGGGGUCUGCGUGGGAGCCUGCGUUAACGCAAGAGCCUCUGCGUCACUUGACCGCAGAAGCAUAAAUUGCGUCUUACAUACAAUUCCUGCGACACCUGAACGCAGCAGUCGGACCAGGGAGCUCGGCCCUCCUCUUCCUCCUCCUCCUCCUCCUCCUCCUCCUCCUCUUCUCCUCUCCUCUCCUCUCCUCUCUGUGUCUCUGUCUGCAUCGAUGAAGUUGCUUCAAAGAUGGCGGAUUUCCUGCCGGCCCGCUCCGUUUUAUCUGUAUGUUUCCCGACCUGUUUCCUCACGAGUGGCGAGGUGGAGCAGUUACGGAAGUCCAAGGAGAUCGACAAGUGUAUAAACCGGGACAAGACGUACGUGAAGCGGCUCGUGAAGAUCCUGUUGCUCGGGGCGGGCGAGAGCGGCAAGUCCACUUUCCUCAAGCAGAUGCGCAUUAUCCACGGGCAGGACUUCGACCAGAAGGCCAAAGAAGAGUUCAGAGCCACUAUUUAUAGUAAUGUUAUUAAAGGUAUUCGAGUGUUGGUGGACGCUCGAGAGAAGCUACACAUCCCGUGGGGCGACCCGUCCAACCAGAACCACGGGGACGUCGUGAUGGCGUUCGACACCCGCGCGGCGAUGGCCCAGGGCCACGGCAUGGUGGAGACUAAAAUAUUUCAGUACUACCUGCCGUCCAUCCGGGCCCUGUGGGCCGACCAGGGCAUCCAGAACGCGUACGAUCGCCGCAGGGAGUUCCAGCUGGGGGAGUCAGUAAAGUAUUUCCUGGACAAUUUGGAAAAGCUCGGACAGUUGGACUACGUCCCCAGCCAGCAGGACAUCCUCCUGGCCAGAAAGCCCACCAAGGGCAUCCACGAGUACGACUUCGAGAUUAAGAACGUGCCCUUCAAAAUGGUGGACGUGGGCGGCCAGCGCUCCGAGCGGCGGCGCUGGUUCGAGUGCUUCGACUCGGUCACUUCCAUCCUCUUCCUCGUCUCUUCCUCUGAAUACGACCAGGUGCUGAUGGAGGACCGGCAGACCAACCGGCUGAGCGAGUCCCUCAACAUCUUCGAGACCAUCGUCAACAACCGGGUGUUCGGCAACGUCUCCAUCAUCCUGUUCCUCAACAAGACGGACCUACUGGACGAGAAGGUGAAGCUGGUGUCCAUCAAAGACUACUUCCCCGAGUUCACGGGCGUCUCCUCGAGCCUGACGGACGUCCAGCGCUUCCUGGUGGAGUGCUUCCGCAAGAAGCGCCGCGACCAGCAGCAGAAGCCGCUGUACCACCACUUCACCACGGCCAUCAACACUGAGAACAUCCGGCUGGUGUUCCGCGACGUCAAGGACACCAUCCUGCACGACAACCUCAAGCAGCUCAUGCUGCAGUGAGGCGGGGAGGAGGGACGGAGGAGGGACGGAGGAGGGACGGGUGGAGGCCCCCCGCUCCGGCGUUCACCCCGCCCUCCGUGACUUUGACCCGCUCCUCACUUUUGAACGUUUAGACUGUGUAUUAAAGCCACCACCACCACCACCACUACUACUACUACCGCCAUCCCCCCACAUGCUUGCUCUCCGCCUUAAUGAGCUCGUUCACUGUGACCCACGACGACGGCGCCGGUCUCCCCCCCUGGCCGUUGAACCCACUGUAAAUGACCUCUAACCCCCGUGACCCCCCCCCCCCCCUCCCCCCCGCCACCGCCUUUCCUCGUGUGUUGCUUUGAUUCACAACCACACACUUUUUUUUUUUUUCUAUGCUGCUCCGACCACUGUUGCCGUUAAAGCCGCCUUCAGACGCCGGCGCUCAGAUCCCGCGGCUUCAGUGACUGUCGCCAGGUGUUGCCUUCCUCCGCAAAAAAAAAAAAAAAUAGUUUUUGCCCUUUUUGUCGUUUCCGACACCUGCUCCACCGACGCCUGUGCCUUCCGGGGUGGCGAUUUUUUUUUUCCUUCCGAGAGCUGGUGGCACAGGGGGGGCGAACAGACACAGAUAGGAAUUAUCGUUCCCGAAAGUCCACUUAAUUCUAGUUUUCUAAUCAUUUUGUUUCUUUUUUUUUCUAAUGUAUGAAUAUACUGUAUGUACCUAUGCAUUUUCCUUAACUUAUAUUUUAUAGGGGUUUACACUUUGCUGAUUUGUGACUGCUGAUGGACUAUGUUACAGUUAAUUUAAAGUGUUUUUUUUUUUCAGUGUGUGUGUGGGGGGAGGGGGAGGGGGGGAUGGGUGGUGCUGAUGAGAGAGCACAAACAAACGCAUGGACCACUUGUUUAAAUUAAACACCUUGCUGAACGGCUCGCGCCGGCGCAGGGUUUUCUCAGGGCACACCGUCAACCACUUUUUCUUUGUGAACUGGAGCCGACCCGAACGGAUGCCUCUCCAGAUCGAUCGAUCCAUCGAUCGAUCGUACGAUUGUAGCUUUUCCUCCCGGACGCGUCGAGCAGAGACGACUCCGAAAAAUGCGUUAAGAGCAGAUCUCGAUCCAUUUUCAACCUGGGGCACGUUUUCUCGACGCCGUUUCCAUCCGGUGUUAACGUUCUAGGUCAAUACAUCUGGACUCGUAGUCGUACUUUUUUAUCAACUUUUUUUUUUUUACCUUUUUACCAUUUUUAUUUGCUAAUUCUAGUGUUUUUCGCCGCCCGCGUAACUGAACCAAAGACCAAAGCACAGAACAUGAGGAACGUUCUCAUAUUUCCUGUAAGUGUCGGAGGAAGUACCUUCUUUUUUUUGAGAGCCGUCAUUGUUCUUCGGAUUCUGUUUUUAGGGUGUUAGGUCAGGUUUGGUACUUUCCCCCGCUCCCGAGUUCAUCGGUCAAACACUAUAGUUCGACUCAGCUCCUAGAACAAAAAAACAAAACGAAAGAAAGUGAAGUUUCUUUCUUAGAUGAUGGAAGUGUUUUGGGUCUGUGUUACGUGACAAAUGUGGUUGUAGAAAAGUCAUUCAGGUCCUGGUUCAACCAAAAGAGGUAAAACCUGUCCAGGUUUAUCUGUAUUGAAGUCCAGGAGGUUAAAAUAAGUCAAGCUGAGUAAACGAUGCUUAGGUUGUAGCCCUAAAAACAACAUUGUCUUCACCGAUGUGGUUUUCUCGUAUACGAUGUAUUACAAACGUUUGCAAUGUCGUUUUUUAGGUUCACCGUCGUUUCCUCGGUGGAAAGUUUGAACGAUGGUUCAAAAGUGAUGUGGUCCAGGUUGAAAAUGGUCAGAUUUACUCUGAAGUUAAGUCCUGAGGAGUUGACACAUCCCGGUCUGUGUGUUUUCCAUCUCCUCCCCCCAGAGCUCAGAAGAAGACGGGAACUGAGUUCCUCUUCCUCCGAGUGGAAUCACCACCUGAAGUGUUGUGUAUUAUACUAAUACAGUUGCUCUCGAAUCAUUGUGCUUUCCAAAAGGUACCUGUCCGACCCCGUCCUCCUCCUCCUCCUCCUCCUCCUCCUACUCCUCCCCUCUUCCACACAUCCUAAUUUAAAAACAAAAGGGAUAAAGCCGCCCCCGUCUGUUACUGAUGGAUAUCAGCAGCUGGUGUUGUCGCUGCCCCGUCUCAUCGUUGUAUAAAGUUAAUGUACAGAUCCCGUUGUCCUCUCUUAACUCCUAUUCUGACGUAUCUCUUCGCACCGACCGCACGCUUGUUACUAACGGCCGCCGUAACCGUCGCACGGACCCGUACUGUAUUUAUGUCCGUGUGGGUGUUGUUUCCACGUCCUCCUCUCAUUCGGAUUCAUUUAAAGUUUCUCUCGACGCUCUAACCUCCAGAUGUCUGAAGAAGUCCUCCGUGAGAUCACUGGCUCCACUGUUCAAUGCUAACACUGGAAAUAACGAGGAGAUGUCAGCACUUUAAACCGUAGCGUCAUCGUGGCUCAGCUCCAUGGAUUCACCUCUUUCUCUGUUUUAACUAGUAGCCUCUGAGGGAACAACAGCCAAAGUGAAAGUGAUUUUUUUUGUUGUUGUUGCUCGCGUCUGUUUAGACGCUCAAAAUUCUUCAUUUAUACCGUAAUAACUACCUUUAAAUCUAGAUUUUGAAGCUAACAAAUGGGGAAAUUGCCGUUUUACGACGGCAUAAACAAUGCAGAAAAUUGACGAGAAUGAAGAGUGGACUAGGUCAAAAGAUAAAUUAUAAGAUUGUGUAACAGAUAUUGCACAAGAUUGUACACAGUGCAGAGUAAGUAGUGGAACGAUGAGACUAUCGAAGCUUUGAAAGGUCAUAAUGUCGCACGUGUUAUUGUCGCUCAGGCGGUUGUUUAUUUGUGCAUGAAUACAGUCCGCUGUGGUUUUUUUAUUCCGUCUCGGUUCACUCAUCUCUGUAGUUUUGUGCGUCUUCCCCUUUACGCUCUACACAAGUUAAAUCUGGUUUAAAUGAGCCCUGCUCUCAUUCACCUGCGGCCGGAUCUCAGUAAAUAGCUCCUGUGACGGGUGAGAACGAGAGGAAACCGGCGUGAGCGUCUCUCGUCCACGUGCGUCAGCAUUGAACAGUGGAGUCACAUGACUCUUUUUUUUUUUUUUUUUUUUUGGUGUGAAUGUUUUCCAAUAACAAAAAAAAAAGAGGAAGCUGAACACCAGGACGGAGGAGCGAGGCGCUCUGUGAUAUUCCUCAGCCGGUCAGGAAUGAUUGUGUCUCUGGAUGAAGCGUCCUCUCUGUCCUCUCUGUCCCCUCACACAGCCUGCAGCAGAGGCCUCUUUGUCCUCGUUCAGACUGUUUUGUCAUCACUUGGGGGCCCAGACGACAAGCCUGUUGUCGCGUUUCGCACACACGCCGUGAAGUCAUGGCGGGGCAGGCCCGCCGCCCUGAAACACUCUUUAUCGACGCCGAACAAACUCGGCCCCGGGGAUCAGGGCACAGGCGGCGCAUUGUCCCGCGGGGAACAGGAGCGUUAAAGAGGACUCUUUUAAUGGAGCCUCUGUCUCCGCCGUCGCCCGUCAUUUGAAAUUAAGAUUUGCUCCGCGCCAGCUGUUCGCGAGUCCGCCCCGAAUGGUUCGAGCGGGAAGUUGCCUUUUUUUUUUUUUUUUUUUUUUUUAGGUGCGGUUUUAAAAUAAGCUGGAUGGGAGAGCACCUGCAGAAAGAAAAGAAAAGGCUCGGUCCUAGUGAAUGUGCACGACGACGUUAAAAUGAGGAAAAAGUAUUUAGUUCAUAUUUAUGUGCACUUACGAAGAACGCUGAUGGAGACGAGAGGGUGUCUGUCGAAUGCCAUGAUGUCAAAUCUAGUAGUCAGUCAGUAUUUGUUGCACACUUGAGACCGAGUGGGACACGUGUCAAACUAUUCCAUUAGGCCUGUUAUAAAAAUCGACGACUAAGCUGUAUGUAAGAACUUGUUUCUGUGUCUCCACGCUCAAAGUAUUUAAUUUGUAUUCACGCCACUACUACAAGGAACAAACAAAUCUCAGAUUGAAAGCACAGGUGUUACUUUUAAACCUUCAAGUAUCUCUAAAACCUUCACGAAAGAGUUAAAAUCAGAACGAUUGUUUUUGUUUUGCUGUCGUUUCUUUCUACGUGGUCCUAAACAAGCCGUUUAUCUGUCCUCUGUCCGUUUUCCAUCUCUUAAAAGGGUUCAGUGUUCACUCUGGGUUCAAUGUUCACUCCAAACACACCAACUUCUUCCUGAUAAUCCCUCUUGCCUUUCGAGCUUCGACGCCGUGAAUCGUACAAACUGUGUUGUUGGCGCCAUCCAGUGGCCGAAAAUAGGUAUUUUCAGUCUGUUACAAGACCUCAAGCAUCCAAACAAACCAAAAAAUCUCUGCCUUAAAUCAUCAAACUGUCCUCACUGCUCUCAUCUCAUGAGUGUUGUCUGUGUGGUCGUCUCGCACACGGUUCCAACUAUGCAGCAGCAGCAGCAGCAUGAGGUUGAUUCUCUGAAAGCCAGUGUCUUAUAUAAAAACCUCAGCCUGUAAUCACACCAGGAAGUGAUUCUACCAAUACACAGAUGUUUAGUGCCUCCUUCAUCCUCUGAACCGUCUGAUCCUGUUUGACCCGACGUCUCAGUCCGAUGCCACUCAAACUGCCCUCAUGUCCUUGUUUUACUCACACGAAAACGUUUUUUUUUUUUCAGCCAAACGAGCUUUCAGUGUACAGUUUAAGUUAUGCUGUCUUAACCUUCUACUCUCAAUAAAUCCAGCUGUUUUUUAAAAAAAGAA